AUGCUCGUUUCCAGGCAGAGCGCUACGGAGCAGAGUCCUUGGUCUAUCAGCAAGUUUGAGACCACCUUCCACAAGUCCGCGGACAGUUUACGCAUGUCGAACAACUUCGAUUCUGUGACGCAGUCAGACUGGCAGGGGCAGUACUCGUUCCUCCCGCCAGGAGACAACAACAUAUUCUCGCAGCCAUACGAACAUGUGACGGGCUCGACGGACAAUGCCGACUCCCAAGCGCAGCCACGCUCCGUGGCUGCGUCGAGCAACCACUUGGACAUGGAGGCACCGAAACAAGAGCACUCGCCUUUGGGGAAUCGGUUGGACCCUCUAGGACUGCGGCAGCCCAAACAGCAGUCUCCUAUUCCAGAGCAUCCAGGGAGCCAGGGAGAUCACUACGCCCAAAAGUCAUCCGAUUCCGUGCACGAAGAGUCACUGGCCUCAACCGAGACGCCAGGCAUGUCGCUCGGGUCCAAUCCGCUGAGCUCCGUGUCUUCGGCAAGCCAAGGACCCGAGGGUCCCACGAGCCACUCAGCCAACGAUGCGCAGACCGCUGUCAAAGAGGAAGAUGAAGACGUCUUGGAUGACGAGGAGAUGGUCGAAGGAGAGCCCGAGGGCGAGGCGCCAGCCCAACCCCAAACUGCCGCCGAAAGGACUGCGCAGCGACGGAAGAUGAAGCGCUUCAGACUUACCCACCAGCAAACCAGAUUCCUUAUGAGCGAGUUCUCAAAGCAGCCACACCCAGACGCGGCGCAUCGGGAGCGGCUGUCACGAGAGAUUCCAGGACUAAGCCCUCGACAGGUGCAAGUGUGGUUUCAAAAUAGGCGAGCCAAGAUCAAGCGCCUGACCGUCGACGAUCGCGACCGCAUGAUGAAGAUGAGAGCCGUACCAGAAGACUUUGACAAUGUGCAAGCGCUGCAUUCUCCAUACGGCGCAGUUCACGGGCUUGGGACACCAAUUACGUCACCGGUGGACUUUGGCGGUGGCCCGUAUUCGGACCACAUGAUGCGGCCGCUCAUGGUCGAUGUGCGGCGGCCCGAGGGCGACGACCAUCUCUCGCCGACAGGUCUCAGCCCGGCCUUCGGCAGCAUCGGCUUCAACCCGUCAGCCACUCUCAGCACACCCGACAUUCUGUCGCCCAUGUCGCCGUCGUCAAACGAUCGCUACUACUCGAGCCACCUUUCGCCGACGCCGCUGAGUUCGGGAGGGAGGACAUCAAAUCCAUUCGCGCGGCAAAGCAGUAUCGACACGGGCAUGCAGAUGCACAGCCACCAUUCACGACAGCAAAUACGGCCUCUACAACCCCUGCAGCUCCGCGAGACGAUGAACAGGUCCCGCUCCGAUACCCUCCAGUCGCCUCUGCGGUCAAGCAUGUCUUGGAAGGACGGCUCCAUCGAUUACACAACAUACCAUGGCGGAAGCGGUUCGCCUCAAAUGGGCGGACAGCCACAGGGUCUGUAUCAGCAGGACCAGAUGAACAAUGGUUCGGCAGGUGGGCUCCGUGGCUACGACUCGAGCAACUAUUCAGGCUCUACCGUCCAGUCACCCACCCACAUGAACUACCCAAACUUCCAAUCGUCGAGCUUACAGGCGAACCAACAACGGGGGUCACGCAUGAGGGCCGCCUCUGCCUCUUUACCCAUGAGCCUUGACCUGCGCACGCAAUUUCGGUCAGCCGUAGGGUCGGGCGGCCAUCCAUCCACGGCGCAUUCGCCAGGCCCUCGAACAACGUCCUCGACGCAGCUUGGCGGCGUCUCCUCCACAUAUACAGCGAGCUUCCCAUCGGCACCGCUCACGGCCCCGGUCGACUUUUCGCUGCCGAGAACGCCGGGCUUCAGGUCGUCGGGGGCCGAUUACUCAAUGCCCCAAAUGAGCGCGCCCAUCGCGCCUCCCAACGACUUUGCAUUCCAGGCCAGCAUGUCCAACUCAAACUCCCGCACGCCUAUGAGAGACUCCUUUGUCGGCGGCCCAUUGGGGAUAGGCGGCGGCUCCCAGAGCCAGAACUCCGGGGGGGAACGCUCGGACGAUUACUCGCAGGACCCCUUGGGCAUGAAGCGCAAACCCAGCUUCACGGGGCCGUCGUCUACAUCCAACAACACGGGAUCGGGCGCCUACGGCAGCACGACGUGA